UGUUUGUGUGUAUGGUGGUUCAGACAGACGCGCUCAAAUUGAUACAGUAAAAAGCGGAGUACAAAUUGUUAUAGGUAUGAAUGUACAGUAUAUAGAUUGUAUAUAGAGUACUUUUAUAAGGUGUAUAAAAAAAGUGCACAGUUCUAAAAUGUCCCCUGAAAAUGUCCACGCAAAAUUGAAUUCAUAUAUAUAUUUGUACUAUAUAUAUAUAUAUAUAUAUAUAUAUAUAUAUAUAUAUAUAUAUAUAUAUAUAUAUAUAUAUAUAUAUAUAUAUAUAUAUAUAUAUAUAUAGGGUGCAAAAUUGGUAGAUGUUUUAUCAUUUGUGUACAUUAAUGCCUUUCACGCAUAUUUUUUAAACUUUUUUAAAACUAUGCAUAAAAUCAAUCAUGCGUUAUACAAAUUAUACUAUAAAGGCUAUACUGUACCAAAACGUAUACGUUUUGGAGGUCGCGCGUUUGAUUUAAAGUACGUCAAAUUAUCUGGUACUUUGGUGGUUUAUAAAAGUGAUAAAACACCUUCCAGAUUUAUACCCUAUGAAUCAAACCCUAUGAGUGGUUUUGGAAACUAGCCUUGCUACACACGAAAAUUUACUUUUCAUAAUACUUUGGUGAUACAGAUACCAUACGACCAGGCUUUUUAGCCAGGGUCCUGAAAGAGGGCGUCCAAUUUUGGUAUAACGAUACAUCUACAGUAAGGGGGGGGGGGUGUCGAGAAAACGUUCCUCUGGAAAACCUUUGAAGUUACGUUACAUCAUGUCAGUAUCUGUUCCAAGCUCGUUCGAAAUUUUUCAAACACACUUGGCUUUGUGAGUUUGUGCCGCUAUGCUUCUUUACUUAACUAUGACAUUUUCAUUCAGCCAGGUACACCAUCAAAUUGAUCAAACUGUCUAAUGUAUAAUAAUAAUGAGAAUUGAAGCUAUUUCGUUUCAGAUAAAUUAAUAUACUUAGGGAAAAUAAUUUCCCUUUUCCCCCAGAAUUUGGGCGUCCAAAGGCGUCCAUUUUUCGUUCUAGGGGCGUUCAAGGACGCCUGGACGCCCUUGUGACUAAAAGCCUGCAUACGACCCCAAAAUACCCAUGCUAACAUAAAGUUGUCACAAAUAACAGCCGAUCAAUGAUCGGCAGGAAAUUGCUUAUGAUCGGCGGAAAAGCAGGGUUUUCAACCUGAAAAAGCAGGGAAAGUCAUGAUUGGGAAUCCAUAAUUGGAUCACCGUAAUUGGGAACUUUGAGAAUGUUUAUUUCAAGCCCUGACCUGGUAUAGAUGAUUAUACCAUGAUGUCCUAAAGAGAAGUUGUGAACAUCAUUUCUGUUUUUAGGAACGCCUGGCAGGCUGAAUGACUUGAUAAUGAACGAUAUUCUUCACGUGAGAUCUGUUACGUACUUGGUAAGGCUUAUUUUACACAACAUACGUCAUUUCAGUAUGAACCAAUCGCAAGUAAAACGCAGCUACAAUCUCCGACAGCAAUGUUGUGACAUCUAUAUAUUGCGUUUCCGCUGCUAUACCCUUACUCAUUGUUGGUAACCCAUGAGGGUUUCACUACACCGUUGUCAGAUCAGAGUGCUGACUUCAGCCAACCAAUCAUAUUAAAAUCAUAGGAUUCAAACAGCCAGUUAAUUUUAAGAAAAAUGUGAUAUGGCAAAUGAGCAAAACAACAAAUGAUUGCUCUCGAGCGCCUAAACAUUGUUUUACAAAUAACACAAAAAAAUAUGGAUAGCUACAGUAAACUAUAUCAAAGAAUUGCAAGAGUUUCCAAUUCUUUAAAAUUUCACAAAUAGUAGCAGGUUACAUAAUCUUCUAUCAAACAUGGUCAAAAUGCCGACAGAAGCAAAUUUAGCGUAGGGCAAAACAAGGUAAAUUUUGAUAUCGUCUAUGUCCGAUUUUAAAUGCACAGAACUGCACCAAAACUCUACCAAAUCACUCGUAAAACAUAUAAUGUGUUCAAACUUACUUGUGUUGUCUCUUAUUCUUUAUGUAUUUUGAACGUAUAAAAUACAAUUUGACAAAUCUAAAGGUUCAUCUUGUUCGCUUUAAUUAAUACUGUUGCUGCGCUACAGCACUUAGAGAGGUACCGGGAGCCGUGUUUUGCAAACAAAAAUGUUUCUGAUGUUUCCGCUUUACAAGUAUGUUUAGGAUUUCAAAAUGAACGUAAUCAAGUGGAAAUUGAACUUCGUGUCGUGCAAUUUUGGACUGAAAUCAAUCACACGUUUGAUUUCAGUCCAAAUUGCACUCCACUCAGUUCCAAUUACCAUUGUGUAUAGAAUAGGAUAAUCCAACUGCAAGCCGGCAAAUGCGCAGGGGAAUUAUUGUACAGUGUAUCAUUAUAUAUAGUAAUAUAGCAUUUGUAAAUUCUGAACGCUGAUCGGCUAAGAGCCGUGUUGGCAUAACUCAAUGUUAACACGGAAACGUCGGAAAAUUUCUUUCUCUUUAUUUCUUUGUGCUAUAUUAUAAAACAAAUAUAAAACAUUUUUCGGGCGACGUGUUUCACAAUUGCUCGUUUUCCCAAUUUUCCUCUCGUGUUGAUAUAACUAUAUAUCAACACGGAAAAUGUUUUAUAUUUGUUAAAUAAAAGUCGAUAGUAUAAACAAAAUAGCAAGUACUAUAUAUUUGCAUGUAAUGACGUGAAAAUGUAAUGAAAAAGUAACAUACGCGUUUGCCAGAAAAGUAAUGCGUUGCCACUGCAUUUUAACCCAAAAUGUUACUAGUUACAUUUACGUCUUCCAAACGUAACUACAAUUACUUUCAAAAGUUGUUGGGACACAUGUAGUUUUAGCUUGCAAGUGGAUCAUAACAGUUUGUUACAAACAAUACCGCUCCCCUCCUUCUCAUCCCUUCCCAAUCAAUGUUGUUUAAACCAAAACUCGUCAAAUCUGACGAGAAAUAGCACACAACGUUGAAUAGGGGGAGGAUUGACGUUUGUUGAAAUUCAAGGGUUUUGUGCCAUCUGUCCCAAGACAUUUGAAACUGAUUGUAAUUACCGUUUCUUGAAAAAGUAACGAUUAUAUACUUUUAUUAUUGGCAAGCAUCACUUCCGGUGAAAUGGCGGACUGCGAUUGACUAAGAAGCACCUUCAGCGGUGCAUUAUUUUCCCGUGUAAAAACAAACGCAUGCAUUUUAAAACAAAACAGCAAAACUAAUUGAAAAUUUGAAAAUUAUAAUUUAAUUUGUUAUUAAUAAGAUAUAUGCGAAUGGUUUUUGGUGGAAAAGAAGGUACAUUGAUAUUUUUGUUUUCAACGACCAAAUGUGUACUACGCUACUAAUAUGCAUUUCAAAUCAUGCAUUUCUUGUUUGUUUCAAGUAUAAAUGCCUAAAAAGCCAUAUAAUAAGCUUUUAUUAACCUCGCUUGCUCGGUAUGUACAGAGAAAUAUCGGACCUCGGUCUUUUUGCACAAACCUCGCCCUACGAGCUCGGUCUGUACAAAAAAGACCUCGGUUCGAUAUUUCUCAGUGCAGACCUCGCGUUCGGUUAAUAAGAAGUUUGUAAUUUCGUUACUUGUAAUGAACUUAGUUGCAGCACUGGAUGGCUCGGCUGGGAAAGUUUAACCUAAGUUGAUCAAAAAUUAACCCGAACCGUUCCCUUUUCCACUGACUGCAGUACGCUUACUGUACACUGAACCUUCACCAAUAAACUUACAUGCAAUUUUAGCUGUAGUUUUGGUUGCAGAAAUGGAAUUAAGUACAGUUAAAUAAACUGCCAGUAGCUCACAAUUUUCAUGUUUUUUUAUGGCCACAGAGAAAAUAAUUUUUUCCACUCCUGCAUUUCCGUUUUCCUGUAUUUCCUUCCCACCCUUUAGGAUGUUACCUUGAUAAUCAACCUCGUACCCAGGCUCUUUCCACUACGCUCCUCGCUGGAGGACUCCGGUCACGAUUUUGGGAGAUAUAUUUUUCUUACAUAAGGAUGGGGGGCUUGAGGCCAAUAAUUGUUUAUGUGAUUAUGGCAUUAUCUACUUUCAGGUCCUAGACGAAGCGGAUAGGAUGUUGGAUAUGGGUUUUGAACCUGAAAUUAGGAAAAUUUUGAUUGAUAUUCGACCAGAUCGUCAAACAGUCAUGACCAGGUAGACCUAGAACUAAAUAUUGAAGGGUUUUUGUUGAUGGAAAUUUCGAAUAUGAAUUUUAUACAUUUUUAGACUUAACCAGGAGCGGCCCUCCGAUUUCGGUGCAGCGCUCUAAUCAACUGAACUACAUAUAGAAUCCAGUUGUUAAGCAUUGACCGAACGUUCAUGUACUGUAUACAGCUAUUUCAAUUAAGGUUGUCCCCCGAGCAAAGCGGAAAAGUCGAAUACGAGCGCGAAAGGCUGCUGGGAAUCGCUAAUAAAUUCAUUCAUUUAUUAGCGAUUCCCAGCAGCCUUUCGCGCUCGUAUUCGACUUUUCCGCUUUGCUCGGGGGACAACCUUAAUUGAAAUAGCUGUAUAUAAUUCAAUGAAUGGAAUAAAUGACAUUGACAAUACAUUUAUCCAAUGAGUUCCAUGAGUACUUGGAAAGGACUACACUUAGAUCAAACUGUAAUUUUAUUGCAGACUGGAACUUCUUCGAUCUGAAUAUUACGAAUUUGCCUUGUUUAACCACUUUUCCUACUUUUAAACGUGCUGUUUCCAAAUUUUGUAAAUCUACGUUGAAUUUUUUUAAUCUUCUAAUACUCAAACGUUGUUUUUAAAUCCAUAUGACCUAGAUAUUGGUAUAUGUAGCUACAGUGUUUUUUACUCUUCUAAUUGUCAAUAAUAUAUAUGCGAAAAAUAGAACCGUGACGUCAUAUCAUAUGAUAGAAUACUUUGAACUUUCAGGUCACGCCAUCUUUUGUUUUACUGUUUUACUGUUUUGCUGUUUUACUGUUGUUAUUUAAAGGUUGAAAAUAAAUGUAGUUACUAAUACUCAAAUGUUGUUUUUAAAGGGAUAUGGCAAUAUAAAUUAAGUUUGUCUUAUUUGAAAGAACUUUUAAAGUUAUAUAUGAAGACCUUUUGCAACUUUUUCGUACCUUACUUAGUUUUCGAAAUAUUUUGACCAAAAACAGUGUGCAGUCCGCCAUCUUGGUAUUAUAAUUGACCUAAUUAACUGAGUUUUUGAUGACGUCACAAGCAGGGUAAAUUUGUUAAAACUUCUUCAUGUCGGACUAAAUUUCUUCGAAAAGGUUCUUAAAAUGUUGUGAAUUAAUUGAGUACUAAAUUAUUAUUCAUAUUGAUAAUGACAUGUGGUUUGCAAGAUAAAAAUUUUGCUUUUUAUCGUACUUGUGACGUAUGCAUAUCGAAUGCAUAUCCAAGAUGGCGGAAUACACGCUGUGUUUGAUCGAAAUAAGUCAAUUUAUUUCGAAAAUCAAGCAAGAUACGGAAUAAUUGUAAAGGAAGUUGAUAUAUCAUUUUAAAUGUUCUUUCAAAUAAGACAAAUUUAAUUUAUAUUGCCGUAUUCCUUUGAAUAACUUACUCACAUGUAUACAGAGCCCUGCGGAAAAGCCCUGAAAUAGUAAUUGUUAUUUAUGACUCAGUGGUGUUAGUGUAAGGUUUAUGGGCAAAUAUCAGUAUUUGCGGCAUCUUAGAUUGGAUUAUUAAUAUACUGUUGCUAACUUCUAUUUCAGAACCAUUCUCAGAUAUAUGAAAAACGAGUUUUUCAUCUGACACUGCAGAGUACAACGAAAAAUUCAUUGUUUCGAGCGAGAUUCGAACUCGCAUAUUCGGCUUUCUAGACCGCCACUCUAUAACCGUUUUUGUUAACUUAUUAAUGAAAUACUUAUCUUUCCCAUUUUUUUUUAUCUCCAGUGCAACAUGGCCGUCAGCAGUGAGACGUAUGGCUAGUCAAUAUGUCGAAAACCCUGUGCAAGUCAAUGUUGGUUCUCUAGACUUAGCAGUAAGUUGUGCCCUGUUUUUGUUGACAUUUUUUGGGUUCACCUGGUUUGUGAAUUGUAUCAACAAUGAGCACUUUACAAGUUUGCAUAACAUGAUAACACUUAUGUUUGCCUAACAACGUGUUGACAGAUGGAAAAACACACAGAAAGAAAAACAGCUACAACAGACAGACAGACAGACAGACAGACAGACAGACAGACAGACAGACAGACAGACAGACAGACAGACAGACAGACAGACAGACAGACAGACAGACAGACAAGGCAAACAGAAGCACAGACAGAUAAGGCAAACAGAAGCACAGACAGAUAAGGCAAACAGAAGCACAGACAGAUAAGGCAAACAGAAGCACAGACAGACAGCCAAACAGAAAGACAGACAAACUGAUAGGCAGACAGACACGACGCACUGAUCAGAAUAUUGCAGUGAUCCGCCAUUGGUUCUCCAUUGUUUUGAAGUGGAAGUCAAGUCCGUAAUGUAAACAAACGGUUUGUUUACAUUUUGAACUGCUGUAUUUUUUAAAAUAUGAUGUACUGUCUGAAUAUCAAACACCAUUUUGGUUCGCUAUGCUUCUAAAUGAAUAUGAAAUAGCGUUUAUGUUCAGAAAAUUUGGGCAAUGUUCACAUUAGAGGUCCUCGCAUUGUUAUGAGCAGAAUCGCGAUGCGCAGAACGGACUUGACUUCCACUUUAACCAUGCAAUCCAGUCAAUAAUUAUUUUGGCAUAUUUGUGACUAUAUUUAUUUGAGCAUUUGAAUAUCCUUUUUGGGAUGCACGAAUUAAAUCGCGAGAUUAGGAGUGGGCAAAAAUGAAAUGAUGAUUUUGAAAUUUUCUAGGCAUGUCAUUCUGUUACGCAGUUAAUCGAGAUUAUGGAUGGGGAGGCUAAGAAAGACCGCGUAAGUCUAUUAAAAUCUUUAAUCUUUGCAGUAACAUAACCGUAUUUAUACGGGAUAGCUCUAUCUGUUCUGCACUGAACUCUUUAGAGGUCCAGGAAAAGUCCUUUCUCAGACUUACGUUGAUGCACUAAACUGGAGCGGUUUUAAAACGGCGAAGAAAAGUCACAAUUAGCCAUUGCGUUCACACUACGCCGGAGUGAAAUUAUACCGUAACAAUUUGUUUUGGUAAACGGUUUGUAAACGGAGUAAGAUGAAAACGAAGCGCGUGAACAGUGGCUUCGUGUAUAUUUUGCUCCACCUUAGUACCCAGGCUGAGUACCCAAGAUAAAAUGCUGGGUUUUGGCGUGUAAUGUCGAAAUGUCUAACAUGGUCUGUCCUCUUGCCUUUACUUGCCUUUGACAGAUAUAGUACUGAUUUAUUUAACACGAAAAAACUACUAAUCCAUCAGGCAAGUUAAUUAAAGUUAUUCAUCAGUAAUUGUUCUGGAAAUGAGAAUUUGCUGAAACCUUUUCCGGGUGCAGUUUAUGAUAUAUGCUCAUAAUCAAAACAGAAAAAAUGUUGGGGUCAUCGAACUCGUUUCGAAGAUGUGACAAGUGCAAUAUACCGCCUUUUCCCCAUAUAGCGCCAUCUUCACUCUUUCACGAGUUACAGGAGCAAUCGCAGUUGCUCAACCGUUAUUGAUUUUUUUUAACAAGGAUCCUACUAAAUACAAGAAAACAUGGUAUUUUAGCGAAUCAAAAACCAUUGAGGGCAUUGUCGUGGUACAGAUUACCUUCUUAAAGAGAUACAAGGGUUGAACAUGCAUCAUGAUGUGUUUAGUGUUAGUUAGCCAGAGUUCUGUCAUUUUUGAUGGUAUAUUUCCUGGAAUACGCCUAUAAUCAGACUGGUUUUCUCUUUGCCCUUACUCUUUCGUUAUCACUUUACAUUGCAGUUCGGCUACAUCUUUAGCUACAAUUUGUUAUUAGAUUUGCGCAGUAAAAGUGCGCAAUGCAAAACUGAUGAUUCACCUUAAGCAAAAGUGCAACCGUAAGGAAAGGCAUUGGAUUCAGUCCGGAAGGAAUAUUAUUUGGCGGGAAAUAUCGUCUUUAUAGUGUUAAUUCAAGAUUAUUGCACAGAAACUGUCGCAUAUAUCAAUGUCGUUUUGUGUCUUUUGUAUGUCAAUCCAUUGGAGAAGUCCCCCCCCCCCUACACGCUACAGACAAUAGUACUUUUAAGUUCUUUGUAUGUUUGCAUGGCGAUAAAAUAUAUAAUAGUUUUAUUUAGUAAUAAAUUUACGUGGUGUUUCCACAAACAAAACUAUUAUAUAAUCGUACUUUUACUUUGUACUUCAAGUAUUUUUAAAGAUACUUUGUACUUUUUACUUAAGCACGUUUUGACUCCAGUACUUUUUACUCUUACUCAAGUCGUUGUAUUGUUAAUUACUUUUACUCGAGUACAAAUUCAAAGUAAUUUAGGCACCACUGCUCAAAUUUUAGUUGCCUUCCCACAAGAGCACGGAAAUACACGAUAAAUAAGAAAACACACUUAUACACUUCGAAAGAAAUAAACACGAAGUCGCGAGGUGUCUAUUUUCCCCCGUUCUGCCAUAGAGGUGUCUAUUUUCCCCCGUUCUGCCAUCAUUUGAAAAUAUUUUACCUUAGUUCAAUGAAUUCCCCAACCAUUAGACUUAUACCUUCUUUAUUUUCAGGUGACAUUUUAGCAUAGAUCGUCGCCUACACUGAACCCUCACUUUAAAAUAUAUUUUAUUGAGCAAAUGCUUUAAUGAAUUGCGCUUAUAUUUUUAGACUUUGGAGUUUAUUAAUUCCAUGGGGCCAGACGACAAAGUUUUAAUAUUCGUUGGACGCAAACUAAC